AUGAGCUUCACCAACAUUUCACGACUCGUGCAGAUCCGUCAAGAAGUUCGAGAGUGCUACAUCCUCGCGUCCAAAUCCCACAAGGCCAACCCUGACACCUCAGUAGGGCUGCACGUUACAGGUGUCAGGCGUCCCCUACCUGGCGCAAUCCACAUCAUUCUCUCCAUCGAGCACCCCGCGACAUUCUCGGAGGCAAUCACGACUCGCGCAUUGGCUGGUGUGCUGGAGUUCGACUUUGACGUGGUACUUCCCGAGGCAUGUAAGACGCUGCAGACGAUGGAGCUGCUGUAUGAGAUCUGGGAGGACAUAUUCGAUCAUUACCCGUGCGAUAGUGUACGCGUCGAAUGA